AGGCCUUUGGUUUGGAUUCCGAGAUACGGCUGGCUUCGCGAAUUAUUACGAGCUAGGUGACAAGUAGCUUGGAUCUGCAAACUACUGCAAAGCGCUUCUAGAUUUGUCUGCGAAAUGGUGAGUUCUAGGUAGUCUAUGAACCUCGCAAAUCGAUAGGAAACAUUCAGGACUACUCUACAGCUUUCGCUCAACUAUUGCUCUUUACGCGCAUAAUUCCGAAUCUUGAAGUUAUCAAAACAAGAGACUGCACAGGUUCAUGGAUCUAUGUUCAAAAAUCGCGGUACUCAAGAAGCGCUCGGGCUUCGACUUUGACGCUGAUCUGUUUGUGGGAAUUCUUACCUCUCUGAUCUCCAAGCAGCAGGCGAUCGUGACUGUCGACCGAGAUGUCUAUCUCAAUUUUACAGAGCAGAUGAUUUUGUUGGUCGGCUCGAAUAUCUUUGGGUUUACGACAAAGACAGUGGUAUGCACGCCGGAUAUGACGACGGAUGAAUUCGCAGAGGCGAUCUUGUUGAAAAACGAGCAUGUACCGGGUGGUUUUUCUGCUCUUCCCGCGCAGCUGGGUCCUACUCCAGUCAACGAAAAAACGGAUCAGGAAUGGAGUUGGAAUGGGAUCGGAUCUCGGAGACCUGUCUCCGGACCUCCCGGCUCUGCAGAAAGCUUGCCGAAUCUGGUUGUGAUUCGAGAUCUCGAUAGCUCGAGUAACUACGUGCAGGCGCAGCUACUAGAGAUUCUACGGACCAAGAAUCUGGCUUCAUCAAAGGGAGUCGUUAUUACUCCGCCGCAGUUUUUGGUCGUGCCUCUGUUGUCGAGGAAUACUAUGAGACGUCAUCUAUUCCCAUAUCUUCUCGACCACUUCUUUCUGAGCCACAAUUACAUCCCUGGCAACGUCGACGAAGCACAAGUCGAGUUUGGCAAAUGGACUCCAGAGAUCGAACUCCCCCCAAUCGCCAGCCACAGGCUAUUCCUGCCCAAAGAAAUCGAAUACCUGACCGCGACAAUCAGCAGCAUCGUCAUCGGCGCCGAAAUCAGACGCUACAUGCACGACAUCAUGGUCUUCCUACGCAUGCACCGCGCCAUCCGCGGCGGCAUUUCCGCGCGCGCGUCCCGCGACUUUGAGCUUUUGGUGCGGUGUCUGUGCCCGCUGCACGGUCUAAACUACGCGACGCCGGCGAUCGUGAAGAUCGCGGCGCGCAAGACGUAUACCCAUCGGAUCACGGUGCCGAGUCCGGAGGACGAACGGAGUAUGGCGUACGGGAGUGAUGUCGAGGCGGUGACGAAGUUUUUGCAGUUUUGGACGCCAGAUUUGGUGUUGGAUGACGUGCUGGAUAGUGUUCCUAUCCCUCUUUAGUUUAAAUCUGUUUUUAUAAGAGCACGAGAGUGUUCUCUGCAUAGCUGAUGGCAUCUCUUUGAGGAUGAUGGGUUGCUGCGGGAGUAAAGUGGCGUUUAGCAUUUUUUUCAGUAGUAUCUACUGAACUUUUGAUAGACCUUUCAGUCUAAUGAAUAAUAUGAGAAAU